AUGGCGCAACCUCCCCAGCCGCACCCGCAGUCUCCCGAAGUCGUUGGCACUACGCAGACGGAGGACACUCCUCUCUACGUGAACGCCAAACAGUUCCAUCGGAUCCUGAAGCGGAGAAUAGCGCGACAAAAGCUCGAAGAUGCUCUGAGAUUGACUUCCAAGGGUCGUAAACCAUACCUGCACGAAUCGAGACACAAUCACGCCAUGCGGCGACCACGCGGGCCCGGUGGCCGCUUCCUGACGGCUGAAGAGGUGGCUGCAAUGGAGGCAAAGAAGGAAGCCGACGGCGGCGAUGGAAGCAAUAAGGAAAACCCCUCCUCCGACGCCAAGCCUGCCGCUAGCAACGCGAGUGCCAAUACGGCCGCAAAACGGAAAUCCUCGGCGAACCACACCAGCGAUACGCCUUCGAACAAGAAGACGAAGACGGGAGGCCCCGUGCAACGGUCGAAUACGAGUGAAGAGGAUGAUGACGACGACGAAGACGAGGGAUAG